AGACUGAAUCACUGACAACGUGUAACGGGACAUAAAACACAGUACGUUUGUUUUCAGAAUUCCUCCUUUCCGCAAGUAACGACUCUGGACAUUCGUUGUUAAGUACUGCACGGACUUAACAACAAACUGAGAGGUACAUACAGCGUGUAUUUAACAUUUUCAGUUUAAUUUGAGCUGCGUGGUGCAGAAGGUAAGCGGAAAUGGGGGUUUAGAGCAGGGGCUGGGGGUCUAAUGUGUUAGCAAGGACGGCAGCACUUCGUAAUAACCAUAUAAGGAUCUGAACAAGGUCUUUUUGCUUUCGACUGUGCCUUCGAUGAUCACUGUUAAACGUGCAGAUGAAAGCUAGAAUGACGUGCAUUAUACAACUAAAGAAUGAUGGUGACACAUGCAUGCUACAAAUCCUUUAUAAUCCCCAUCUGUCUUUGUUUGGAGCCAGCGUGGGUGUGAUGUUACAUUGCAACUACUGGCUCACUAGGCGAAGGCUACUGCAUUGCAUAAUAUAAACGUUGGAAAUAUAUUGACCAAGUUAAAGUACAACAGGUCUGUCAUAGUACAGAUAACGCAAUAAGGCACUAACCUGUGUGUCAGUCUCAGUUAUCUGCAUGAUUUAGUAUCAAACAUCACAAACGUGCACUUCACUGUCCCGUUUUACCAAAAAUUACAACCUUAUGUCCAUGUACGCUUCUUUAAAUGUGUUUUUGUAGGGUCCCUGUGCACACAGUGUGGAUGUUGGAGUUUGGGAUAGCCUGUGAGUAGAAACAGUGGUGCAGCAAUCCUGCUGUUAGAGCAUAAAGUCUAAACAUGGUGAGGCUGGAGCUGGAUCAGGUGGUGAUGAGGAGGAUGAAGGAGGACGACAUAGAGGCAGUCAAAGCCCUCAUCAAGGAAGGCUCUGAGGGCACAGAGAACCGUCUCAUCCUCCACAUCCUCACUCGUCCGCUCUGCCUCUUUGUCCUGGCUGUUUUCUCCUCAGUCUUGCGCUGCCUUGUCCAUUCCUUUAUCCUGGCCCUUGCUAUUCCUGUCUUCCUGCUAAUUGUGUUUCUCAAGAUCACCAUGCCACGGUCCACAGGGGUUCUGGGCAGUAGCCGCCCCUACUGGGACUAUGUGGGUAGCAGCUACAGAGGGACACAGGAUGAGACACUGCAGAAUCCCUACUGUAGGAUCAGUGGCAAGACACCAGUGACUAAAAGGCCAAGGCGCAGAAUUGCACCCAAAGACAAGGAAAAAGAGAUGUCAACAGAGAAGGUCACCCCAGAGAGGGAAAAGGCUGCGGGGCAGGUCUGGGUAGCAGACUGUGAAGGUGACAUCCUGGGCUGCAUCUUCAGGGAAAGCGAUAAUCGAGCGGACAUCAGGAGGAUCUGCAGGUUGGUGACAGGCUGCUGGUACCGCAGGGAGGGCCUAGGCCGCCUGCUUGUCCAGAGUUUGGAGCAGAGAGAGAGGGAGACUGGCGCUCACAGGGUGUACGCACAUGUCCCCUACCCCUCCAAGCUGGGGGAGGCCUUCUUCAGGAAGCUGGGCUAUCGGCAGUUUGGGGAGGGGACUGAUGAAGAAGAAGAAGAAGAUGAGAAGAGGAAGCUGGAGACUCCAGAGAGAGGCUUUCUAGGAUACCCCCUCACUAAGGUGUUUUACAAAGACCUGUGAUUGAGGGAUGAUAGACUCAUGGAGAGAAUUCAGUGGCACUGAGCACAGGAAUGCCUAAAGGUAAAGAAGACAUAACAUAAGUGCAAACUGUGGAUCUCUGCCAAAGGUGAUAGUGUUAUUGCUGGAACAUGUUUGGAUAUUUGUUUAAGUUAAUAAUUUAUUGGAUAUUUGUGUUAUUUAUGCCAGUAUUUAUUUACUGUUUGUGUUGCAGUUCUCUUUAUUUUAAGUAUAUUUUUACCUUUUCAUCAUAUAAAGUAUCUCUCCAUUUUUAUUAAAACAAAUGGUUCUUUGUUAUUUAAUUACUCAAAAAUGACAUCAUGAAGCGUCAGUCAUGCUGUUCUCUCAUCAUUUGUAAUGAAAUAAAAUGUUUAUGUAAAAUGUGUGUUUCCUAAA